AUGGAAGAAGCGUAUUGCAUGGCUCAGGACAAGAUAAAGAAGAAAGGUAUCAAAGCGAAACGCUCAUAUGAUCGAUGGGUUCGCAGUUCUGUACUAGAACCAGGAGAUCGUGUGUUGGUGCGUAAUCUUACCGAACGUGGUGGUCCUGGCAAGCUGAGGUCAUUUGGGGAGAAUGACAUCUACGUAGUGGUAAAUCGGAAGGGCCCGGAGAGCCCAGUGUACGAAACGAAGCGUGAGAACGGUAAGGGAAAGAAUAGGGUUCUACACCGAAAUUUACUUCUCCCUUGUGAUCAUUUACCCGCAGAAAACCCACAACCACCUACACUAAAACCACCCCCAGCAACCCGGCGACAACAACACAGACAACCACCCAGAAACGUUACAGCGCAGGAUGAGGAAACCUCCAGCGACGAAGAAUUCUCUGAUGUGGUAAUGGUCUCCCUACCUCGAGAAACGCGUUCUGCCCAAUCCCGAAACCCGCUACCAACAGACGAGGCAGUUCCUGAUCAAAGUGACAACCUGGCUGUGGACGACAAUUUAGAGACCCUUGAAUUGCAACCCCCUACCGAGACCGAAGAAACAUUAGACCUCAGCGGUGAUCAGGAUAACCUAAACCCUGUUCAUGAUAUCCCCACCAUAUCUGUAGUUGAAAAUCCGAGACCACAGCGAGUACGGCACCCACCUGAUCGGCUAACCUACUACAACCCUGGUGAGACAGACCCGUUUAGAGUAUUCCCCAUUUCAGCUACAGUUUCACCCAAU